GGGAGCGGCGGCAACUUCCCCUCAAGUCCGCCCGGCGGCGGGGGGACGAUGCGAACCAGCUGAGCGCGGCCCGAGAGGGGCGGGCGCGCCGAGGACGGGCAGCGUCGGCAGCAGCGGCAGCCCCGCCGCCCUGGUCUGAGUAGCCCGGCAGCCGCCCGCCUCAGCCCCCAGCCCUCCCCCGGUCGGGGCGGGAGCCGCCGCGGCCGUCCCAUGUCCCGCAAGGCCAGCGAUAAUGUGGAGUACACGCUGCGGAGCCUGAGCAACCUGAUGGGCGAGAAGAGGCGGCGGCAGGCGGACGGGUCCGCCGGCUCGGGCGCGGCGGCGGGCGAGCGGAGCCUCAUCGCCGCCGAGUCCUGCUCCAGCCUCAACAGCGCGGCGUCGGGCGGAGAGCUGGAGCGGGCGGCGCGGCGCCAGUUCCAGCAGGACGAGACCCCCGGCUUCGUCUACGUGGUGUCGGUCUUCUCCGCCCUGGGGGGCUUCCUCUUCGGCUACGACACCGGCGUGGUGUCGGGGGCGCUGCUCCUCCUCAAGAGGGAGCUCAACCUGGACGCGCUCUGGCAGGAGCUGCUCGUCUCCGGCACGGUGGGCGCCGCCGCCCUCUCCGCCCUGGCCGGCGGCGUCCUGAACGGGCUGUGCGGCCGGCGGCCCUGCAUCCUGCUGGCCAGCGGCCUCUUCACGGCGGGGUCUGGCGUGCUGGCCGCCGCCCGCGACAAGGAGACGCUGCUGGCGGGACGCGUGGUGGUGGGGCUGGGCAUCGGUGUAGCAUCCAUGACUGUGCCAGUGUACAUCGCAGAAGUGGCUCCACCGCACUUACGAGGCAGAUUAGUCACCAUUAACACUCUCUUCAUCACCGGAGGGCAGUUUUUCGCAAGUGUGGUCGAUGGAAUCUUCAGCUACCUCGCGAAGGAUGGAUGGAGGUACAUGCUGGGCCUGUCAGCUGUACCAGCAGUUAUACAGUUUCUUGGAUUCCUGUUUCUUCCCGAAAGUCCCCGCUGGCUCAUUCAGAAAGGCCAGACUCAGAGAGCACGGAGAAUUCUGUCUCAAAUGCGUGGCAACCAGGCAAUUGAUGAGGAGUAUGACAGUAUCAAAAACAACAUUGAAGAAGAAGAAAAAGAAGUUGGAGCAGCUGGACCUGUGAUCUGCAGAAUGCUAACAUACCCUCCAACUCGAAGAGCCUUAAUUGUGGGUUGUGGUCUGCAGAUGUUUCAACAACUGUCAGGGAUUAACACCGUCAUGUACUACAGUGCUACCAUUUUGCAGAUGUCAGGAGUGGAAGAUGACAGGCUUGCAAUCUGGCUGGCUGCACUGACAGCAUUUAUAAACUUUAUUUUUACUCUUGUGGGAGUCUGGCUUGUUGAAAGAAUGGGUCGCCGGAAACUUACACUUGGUAGCUUAACAGGUACUGCUGUAGCACUCAUUAUCCUAGCUUCGGGAUUUUUGCUAUCAGCUCAGGUCUCGCCAAGAAUCACCCUUAAUCCACCAGAUCCUUCACAUCAAAACUCUACCUGCACAAAAUACAGUUAUUGCAAUGGAUGUAUGUUAGAUCCAGACUGUGGUCUCUGCUACAAAUUGAAUAAAUCAAGUGUUGUUGAAUCCUCAUGCAUUCCUGUUGAUAAAGAUUCUACAAUGAAAGCAGCUUGGGGCAGGUGUUCAAAUGAAACUGUAUUCAAAAAGGAAGAUUUAUUUUGGGCAUACAAUUUCUGCCCCACUCCCUACUCUUGGACAGCACUUCUGGGCCUUAUUUUGUAUUUGGUUUUCUUUGCACCCGGGAUGGGUCCUAUGCCCUGGACUGUCAAUUCUGAAAUUUAUCCACUUUGGGCUAGAAGUACAGGAAACGCAUGCUCUUCUGGAGUCAACUGGGUUUUCAAUGUGCUGGUGUCACUGACAUUUCUGCAUACAGCUGAGUACCUGACAUACUAUGGAGCCUUCUUCCUCUACGCAGGGUUUGCUGCCUUGGGACUGGUUUUCAUCUACGGCUGCCUUCCUGAGACUAAAGGGAAAAAACUGGAGGAAAUUGAAUCUUUGUUUGAAAACAGGCUAUGUACAUGUGGUAUGUCAGAUUCUGAUGAAGGGAGGUACAUCGAGUAUAUUCGGGUGAAGGGAAGUAAUUACCAUCUUUCUGACAAUGAUGCUUCUGAUGUGGAAUAAUUUUCAGCUGCUGAUGUAUUUAAUCAUUUAAAAGCCUUCUGGGGGAAAAGCAGCUCUCUGAUGACCUCACUGCCCUGCUUCUGGUCUGGUUCUCCUUUCUACUAUGUAUUUUAAAAUGCCUUCACGUUCAAAAAUGCUCCAUUUGGGAGGAAAUUCAAUAUGCUAGCGUUUUCUUGAUAACUGAAAGCAAUGGCUUCCAAAAGAGAUUGAAUUCCACAAUUAUGUGACUUUACCAAGUGUGUUUGUCACUGCUCCAUCCCCAGAUGUUUAGUAGGGUGCACUGUACCAGAUGAAUACAGAAGGCUAUCCUAGAUGGUCAGGAGCUGUCCUGAUCUCCAGUACUGACAAAA